GCAGUUCUGGGUCCACCAACGGUACGGCAGUCAGCCUCGAUUGCACCUUCCUCAACAACACAUCAGUAUCUCCCAUUGACAAAGUGACAGCUUACAAGAAGCUGAAUGAGGAAACCAAGAACUGCACCUCCUUGGGACCAUAUACAAUGAACAGCGAUAGUCUCUAUGUAAACGGGUAUCAUGAAAAUCCACCUCUCCCUCCCCUGAAUCUAAUCCACUUGAGAGUCAACUUCACCCUCUCCAACCUGACCUUCUCUCCAGAACUGCUGGACCCAAAGAGCCCAGUCAGACACAAUGUGACCAGCCUGGUGAUCCAAGCCUUCAAAAACAGCAGUUUGUCUUCUACCUUUUCUUCUUGCAAACUGGUUUCUCUCAGUUCUGGGUCCACCAACGGUACGGCAGUCAGCCUCGAUUGCACCUUCCUCAACAACACAUCAGUAUCUCCCAUUGACAAAGUGACAGCUUACAAGAAGCUGAAUGAGGAAACCAAGAACUGCACCUCCUUGGGACCAUAUACAAUGAACAGCGAUAGUCUCUAUGUAAACGGGUAUCAUGAAAAUCCACCUCUCCCUCCCCUGAAACUGAUCAACUUUGCAGUCAACUUCACCCUCUCCAACCUGCCCUUCUCUCCAGAACUGCUGGACCCAAAGAGCCCAGUCAGAGACAAUGUGACCAGUCUGGUGAUCCAAGCCUUCAAAAACAGCAGUUUGGCUUCUACCUUUUCUUCUUGCAAACUGGUUUCUCUCAGUUCUGGGUCCACCAACGGUACGGCAGUCAGCCUCGAUUGCACCUUCCUCAACAACACAUCAGUAUCUCCCAUUGACAAAGUGACAGCUUACAAGAAGCUGAAUGAGGAAACCAAGAACUGCACCUCCUUGGGACCAUAUACAAUGAACAGCGAUAGUCUCUAUGUCAAUGGGUAUCAUGAGAAGCCAGUUCCCUAUCCUCCAGCUCAGUCUUACCCUCUUAAUUUUACAAUUACUAAUUUGAAGUUCAUACAAGACCUGACAAAACCAGACUCACAAAAGUAUAAUUACGUCGAGGCCACAAUAAUUACCCUGAUGGAUAAUCUUUUUAAAAGCAGUGAAGUGAGCAACUCAUACCAGGGGUGUCGGAUUGUGAGAUUUGGGUCUCAACAAGAUGGAAAUGACACUACUGUUAAUGCUUUGUGUGAUUUCAAAUCCGAGAGUUCUGAAACGGCAAUCAAUAAAGUCAAGGUGUAUGAAGUGUUCAAAAAUGCAACAUAUAACCUCAAAAAUCUGGGACCUUACAACCUUGAUAAAGACAGCCUUUAUGUCAAAGACUAUACAGAGAGAGACUCUUCACUCCCCAUCCCCACCACCACCCCCACCACCACCAGUCCUCCGAUAGCCAUCAGCCCCAGUGACAUGGUCUUUGACCUCAAUUUCACCAUAACCAACAGAAACUACAGCCCAGGCAUGCUGGAUGACACAAACUCGCCUCUGUACAAGGAGAUUCAGGCCAAUGUAACAGCAAUGCUUGCUGCAUUGUACAAAAACAGCACCGUAGGAAACAACUACAAGUACUGUAUAGUUACAGGUUUGAAGUUAGGUUCUGUAAAGGUAAGCUGCGAUUGUUUCUUUAAGCCAACGGAUGAGAUCAAAACCCUUGACAGUGAUAUCAUUAGAGACACAUUUGCAAAGGGAACCAACAACACUGAUUUACUGGGAGGGAUGUAUAACCUGCAAAGGGACAGUUUAAGUGUAAAAGACACAACUGUUGUAAUCGUGCCUCCUCAGCCAAAAGAAGAAUUCCCUUUCUGGGCCAUCAUUAUCAUUGUCCUUGGUAUCAUGUUUAUCCUGUUUCUGAUCUUCCUUCUGUGCUUCUUGUUGGCAAUGGUUAGACAGCGCAGGCGUAAAGACUCGUACCAGGUGAUGCAGGCUCCCCAUGGCCUGUACUUCCCCCACCUGAGAUGAAGACGUUUUCCAACACUUUAAUGAAUGAUCUGAGGACCUGGGGGGAAAAGGACAAGAAAGAGGACAACAUUGAGCCAAUGCAAUAUUUGUAUGCCAAUAUAUAUGGAUAUGGUUCUCUGGUUAAUUAUGACUUUUAAAUGAUGUGCAAUAUAUUUAUUCAAGCUAUUAAGAAGACAUUUCUACUUGUAGUUUAUUUAUUUUAAUGGGUUAAUCUGUAAUAAAAAUGUUGGCCCUAUAUAUUCAUAUUUUAACUUUGCAAAAAGAAAUAUAUCUCUCACUCUAACAUGGGUAGCCAAAAACACUGGAACUUUCACAGAUAAAAAUAGGAUUUAUAUAUUUUGGAUGGCUCCAACGACAACAUAGAUUCACAGUCGAUGCAGAUAGCCCAAAACAUGCUGUAACAUCAGUAAUAAAUAUAGGGGAAAAGGGUUCAAAUCAAUAUAAUAGUGAAUCAAAUUAAUCUUGUUAUUGUAUAUGUAAGUAAAUAUUAUAUGUGUAGUACCUGUCAUGAUUGAAAUGAUUAAAAUGCCAGUGGCAUGUUUUAUUUUUCAGAUUUCAAAUAAAUUAUUACUCCUGAUG